AUGGGCAGCGGCAAGCAGCGAUGGAAAAUCUACUUCCACAAGUCGCCGUCGUCCUUGAUGCUCCACAAGAAGCCGGCCCAGAACCCGAAUCAACGCCCCGAACAGAUUCCGGCCGAGUUUCUGUGCCCCAUUUCGGGCUCGAUCAUGGCGGACCCCGUCAUAGUCUCCUCCGGCCACACCUUCGAGCGGAGCUGCGUCCGCGCCUGUGUUGCUCUCUCAUUCAGCCCCACUCUCCCCGACGGCGCCGUCUCGGAUUUCUCCACCGUCAUCCCCAACCUCGCUCUCAGGUCCGCCAUCCUCAACUGGUGCCGGGACCAUUUCGUCGCCCCUCCGGAGCCCAUGGAUCUCUGCUCCGCCGAGAAAAUUGUGCGCCGCUUGGUCUCCAAUCUUCCCGGGCGGGAGCUGAGUCAGCUGACCCGAACGCCGAGUGAGAUUUCCGUCACCAGCUCGGAAGAAUCCGUCACGCCGCGAAGCGGUUUCGUCGCUACUACCCCUCUUCCGUUGACGACUCGGCCUUCGUGCUACUCUUCAUCCUCCUCCUGCGACAUCGAGAUCUCGAGUCCGAAUUUCACAGAGGAGGAAGAUAUAUUCGUGAAGCUGAGGAGCUCGCAGAUACACGAGCAGGAGGAGGCGCUUUCCACACUCCGGAAACUGACCCGAACCCGAGAAGAGACCCGGAUCCAUCUCUGCACCCCGCGGCUGCUCGCGGCCCUUAAAUCCCUAAUUUGCUCCCGAUAUUCAUCCCUGCAGGUCAAUUCCGUGGCGGCACUGGUGAACCUUUCCCUAGAGAAACACAACAAGGUGAAGAUCGUGCGGUCAGGAAUCGUUCCCCUCCUGAUCGACGUUCUCAGGGGCGGAUUCCCUGAGUCGCGGGACCAUGCAGCCGGCGCUCUUUUCAGCCUCUCCCUCGACAACCAGAACAAAACCGCCAUAGGUGUUCUCGGGGCAUUACCUCCACUCCUCCACGCUCUGCGCUCAGAAUCCGAGCGGACUCGGCACGACUCUUCCCUGGCUCUGUACCAUCUCUCUUUUGUGCAGAGUAACCGGGCCAAGAUGAUCAAACUUGGAGCUGUGCAGAUUUUAUUAACCAUGGUCAAAUCGGGUCACAUGCUCAGCCGGGUCAUGUUAAUUCUCUGUAACUUGGCUGCAAGCCCCGAGGGGCGAGCAGCCAUGCUCGACGGGGGUGCGGUGGAGUGUUUCGUGAGUUUACUGAGUCAGGGUGAGUUGAACUCGGUGGCUACUCGGGAAAGCUGUUUGGCUGCGAUUUACGGGCUGAGCUAUGGCGGGCUUAGGUUUAAGGGGCUGGCAAAGGAGGCCCGGGCAGAGGAAGUUUUGAGGGAGGAGUUGGAGAAGAAUGCGAACGAGCAAUGUAGAGAGAAGGUGAAGAGAAUAUUGGAGGUUCUAACUGAGAAGCAUGAGGAAGAAGAAGAUGUUAAUUGGGAGGAAUUGCUUAGUUUGAAUGAUGAUGAUUUGAGUAGGACCGACAGUCGGGUCUCUCGGAGGACUGGGUCUAGUUCUGGUUGA